UAAACACUUAAUUCAUAAAAUGAGUGUAAAAACUGUUGGUAUUUAGUGGAAAUUACGCUACGUUUAUAUGAAAUGCACUAAAAAAAGAUAAGAUACUUCUAGAUUAUAUAUGCAUUUCAUGUGACUGUCACAUUGUUUUCCACAUAAAUUUUAAUUGAAACAGAGUUGACCGAUUCAAGUGUUUUGCACAUACAUUUGUGCUGUACUCAUUCCCACUAGAAAAUGAAGUGUUUAACACAUGUAGUGUAGUGUUUAAUACGAUUCAAUUGCAAAACACAUCACAAAUAAACAACAGAUAUGGAAAAACUGACGUGGUGUUUCAUAUGAAUCGAUCGUGAAAAUUUUAAUCGGUGUAUACUUGGUUUGUUUCAGAGUUGCCAGGUCUGAGAUCUAUAAAUUUGCAGGUUUCUUAGAAAGUGCUGGAGAUAUUACAUAUUUGUUUCAGAUUUCUUUGAAUUUUUUUUUAAAUCAAGGUUUCUGCAGACUCGUCAAAAUUCACAGACUUUUGAAAUGGCCGUACCGUUAGUUUUUGCUUGCUAAGCCAGUUUUGUGUUGCUACUUUAUAGAGAAAUGAAGCUCGAAGACCAUUUUUCGGAUAUAGAGUUCUUUGCAAUCCGGUCCGAAGAUAUUUGACAUUUUUACCUGGCAUCUCUGGUUUGUUUACAAUUACCGGCAGGCAGGCAGCAGGUGGGCAUAUUUUUCUAUAAAUAUUUUAUACAUUUCUUGUGAUCACUGAAAGUAUUGUUUUGUGGAAUAACUUUGACUUUCGAGGAAUCCAUUUCGAAGGGCGUGAUUUAAUCAUAUCUGUUAUCAGACUAGAAAACUGAUUCUGCCAUUUCUGUCAGUGACGAGGCCUUAUCAAUGUACAUGCAAAAAAUAGUACUGAUUAUAUUGAUGGUUCGGUUUAUCUCAUGUGGCCCAGAAGAAGAUGAAGGUGUCAAAUAUGCAAGCAAAUGUGAAGCAUGUAAAAUCCUAGCCACCGAAUUGGAGGCCCGCCUCUCGGAGACAGGACGAUCUCACGAUGUGAUUGAACUAGGAUACUCGGUCGACGAUGUGAAACCGAAGAAACGGACCGAAUAUAGAAAAAGUGAACUUCGUCUUCUGGAAUCAAUGGAAAAUGUGUGUGAUCGAAUCUUGGAGUACAAUAUUCAUAAAGAACGCCAAGAUAGUACCAGAUUUGCCAAAGGAAUGUCGCAAACAUUUCAAACUUUGCAUGGGCUUGUAGAUAAAGGUGUUAAAGUAGACCUAGGGAUCCCUUAUGAAUUAUGGGAUAAACCAUCGGCUGAGAUAACUCAAAUGAAAUCUCAAUGCGAAACUAUGGUGGAGAAUUUUGAAAAUGUUAUUGAGAAAUGGUAUUUUAAUAAGCAAGACGAAAUUCCUUUAAUUAAAUAUCUUUGUGAGGAUCAAGUGCUGAAGGGGAAAAAUCACGAUUGCCUAUAUGAAAUACUUGAUGGAUCCCCGUUUAUUCAGAAAUUUAUUUUAUUACAUAUUUCUUGAGAUUAUCAACAUAAAUAAUGUCAGUCAUAAUAACAAAAUGGAACAACAAAAUUACACCUUUUUCAUUACAUUUCGGUAAGUAUUUUGUUUUGUAUUUGUAAGAUAUUAAGGACAAUAUCCAUAUCAACUUCAAUAAAAUACUUCCUGUCGGCAGAGAUGCCAGGUAAAAAU